AAAUUAUCCUUUCUGAUUAAAUGAACGUUUCCUUAGUGUUUGAGUUGUUUUUGUUUUGAUGUGAUAGAAACCAGGUUAUCUGUUUUAGACGUGAAUAAAAAUAAUGAUUUAAACAUAUUGUACGGUUACUGACUGUCAAAAUAUGGCGGCGCAAAAUUCAGAUAUGGACGAGGGAGAGUUGGAAAAGUAUCGCAAAUAUUUUUGGGCGAAUGAUAAGGAUGGAGAUGGAAUGAUAUCAAGAAGUGAGUUUUUCGGUAUGUUGAGAAAAAUGGGACUGGAGUUGACACACCAAGAAUCAGAAAUGUUAUUUGCUCGAACUGACAAAGAUAGAAGUGGAAAAAUCAGUUUUAACGAGUUUGCGAAUGCGUUUAUCGUAAAGAAGGAUAAAGUAUCCAUCGAACGUGUGAAGGAGGUGUUCAUUCGAACUGACCGAGAUGGUGACGGUUAUCUCAACCAAAGAGAAUGUCAUGCGGCGUUGAAACAGUUGGGGCAUGUGUUGACAGAGAAAGGUUUACAACGAGUUAUGAAGCUAACUGAUACAAAUCACGACGGAAAAGUUGAUUUCAUGGAAUUUUGCUCCUUUAUGACGUUAUAACAAAGGAUGAUAUUUUGUGCCCAACUUUUGAAAAUAAUACGACCGGAUGGAGCUUUAUGAUUGACCAUGGUCCAGCCGCUUGAUUUCAAAAAUUGUAAAAUAUUUAUUAACGAAUAAUCUAUAUCAUUA